AUGGAUUCUGGAAAAGAUCUUAAAAAAGUACAUAGAGUAUCAAAAGCAGGUGCAAAAGCAAAUAAAAAGAAAGCAGCCAAAUUAAAGAAAUUAGAACAAAAUGAGGCAUUAAAAGGUCGUAAUCCAAAAGCAUUUAUAUCACAAGCAGCAUAUGCAUCGAAUAGAUUAACAAUUCGUAAUUUAGAUAGAGAGGCAAAACGUGUCAAUCUACCAGUUAUCGAUAGAUCAGGUACAGCAGUUGAAACACCACCUUAUGUGAUUGCAGUUGUUGGACCACCAAAAUGUGGCAAAACCACAUUAAUUAGAUCAUUAAUUAAAAACUAUACAAGACACUCAAUCUCUGAUGUCAAAGGUCCAAUCACAAUCGUAGCAGGUAAAAAACGUCGUUUAACAUUUAUUGAAUGUAAUAACGAUUUAAAUUCAAUGAUAGAUACUGCCAAAGUUGCAGAUUUAGUAUUACUAUUAAUCGAUGCUUCUUAUGGUUUCGAAAUGGAAACUUUUGAAUUUUUAAACGUUUUAAAAACUCAUGGUUUCCCAAAAGUAAUUGGUAUUUUAACUCAUUUAGAUGGUUUUAAAAAUAAUAAAAAAUUAAAAAAAACAAAAAAGAAAUUUAAAGAUAGAUUUUGGACUGAAAUUUAUGAAGGUGCAAAAUUAUUUUAUUUAUCAGGUAUUAUACAUGGAAAAUAUCCAAAAGUUGAAAUUCAUAAUUUAGCAAGAUUUAUAUCAGUUGCAAAUUUCAUACCUUUAUCAUGGAGAAAUACACAUCCAUAUGUUUAUGUUGAUAGAUUUGAAGAUACAACCGAACCAGAAUUAGUUAGACAGAAUCCAAAAAUUGAUAGAAAUAUUUGUUUAUAUGGUUAUGUUCGUGGUACUUAUUUGAAACCACAUAUGAAAGUUCAUAUUCCAGGUAGUGGUGAUUACCUUAUGAAAUCAGUAACCUCCUUACCUGAUCCAUGUCCAUUACCAACAGAGAGAAAGAAAACUUUAAAUGAAAAGGAACGUUUACUUUAUGCACCAAUGGGUGAUAUUGGUAAUAUUCUUUAUGAUAAAGAUGCUGUAUAUAUUAAUAUUCCAGAAAGUAAAUUAAAUUUUUCAAAAGCUAAAGAAGAAGGAGAGGGUGAAGGUGAAAGUAUGGUUAAAGAUCUUCAAAAUACACAAUUUUCAAUUGAUGAAAAGAUGGAACAUUCAGAAUUAUCAUUAUUUUCAAAUAGACCACCAAUUAAAUUUACAAAUAAUACUUAUACACAAAUUGAAGAAAUUGAUGAUAAAGAUUAUUAUGAUUCCGAUGGUGAAAAAGAUGAAGAAGAACAAGAAGAACAAGAAGAAAAAGGUACUAAAAAAGUUGAAGUAGUCGAAGAAAAAGAUGGUAGAGUUAGAAGAAAGGUUAAAUUUAUUGAUAUGAAGAAGAACCCUGCUAUUAAUAGUGAUGAUGAAGAGGAGGAUGAUGAUGAAGAUGGUGACGAGGAAGAUGAAGAAGAAGAUGAUGAUGAUGAUGAUGAAAAUGUCAAUUCUAGUAAAGUUGAAUUUGAUGAUGAUGAUGAUUUAGAAGAAGAUGAAGAAUUAAGUGAUGAAGAAUAUUAUGAUCCAGAAAAUAAAAAUAAAUUAAAUUUAGAAGAUGAAGAAGAUGAUGAUGAAGACGAAGAUGAAGAAGAUGACGAUGAGGACGAAGAUGAAGAUGAGGAUGAUGAAGAUGAAGAAGAAGAAUAUGAUGAAGAAACUGGUGAAAGUGCUAAAUGGAAAGAAAAGAUGAAACCAACAAUUCAAAUUACAGGUACAAAUCAUUUAAAUUUAUCAAGAUUAAUUUAUGGAGAUGAACCAUCAAAGAAAUCAAAUAAAAAAGAUGAAAAUGAAGAAGAUGAAGAUUUCUUUAAAGUUAAAAAAGGUGGUUAUGGAUCAAUGAAAUUAAGUACUGAUAAAGAAGAAUCAACAAAAGAUUUAUUAGAUUCAUCAAAAUAUAUUCAUUCAAUAAAUGAUUUUAAAUCUGAAGAUAUUAAAGAAUUGUUAGCAAUUAAAUUUGUAAAUAGAAAUGAAUUGGAAACUACAGGUUUAAUUGGUAAGAAUAAUGCUGAAGGUGAAGAUGAAGUUUUAUUUGGUGAUUUUGAAGAUUUAGAAACUGGUAAAAAAUAUGAUUCAUCAUCAUCAACAACAACAAAAAAUAAUAAAGAAAAUGAUAAAGGUGAAGAAGAUGAUGAUGAUGAUGAUGAUAAUUCUCAAUCAGAUGAUAAAAAUAAUAAAGAAAAUUCAAUUGAAAAUGAAAGAGAAAGAAAUAAAUCAAAAAAAGAAAAACAAAUUGAAAAGAUUAAUGCAAAAUAUCAAGAGAAUGAAAAAGAUUUCCAAGGUGAAUUAAAUGAAGAAGUAAAGAGACAAAGAGCAAUUAAUGAGAAAGAAUUUGAAAAUGAUGAUCAAUUCUAUCGUCAAAAGUAUGAAGGUUUUCCAAUUGGUGUUUAUGUUAGAAUUGAAUUUGAAAAGAUACCAUGCGAAUUUAGUGAAUAUUUCGAUCCUAAAUUCCCAGUGGUUGUAGGUGGUUUAUUAAGUUCAGAAGAGAAUUUGGGUAUGAUUAAUGUUAGUCUAAAGAAACAUCGUUGGCAUAAGAGAAUUUUGAAAUCCAAUGAUCCAUUGAUGAUUUCAGUAGGUUGGAGACGUUUCCAAACCAUUGUACUUUACUCAACCAAAGAUAUUAAUGGUCGUAAUCGUAUGUUGAAAUACACACCAGAGCAUAUGCAUUGCCACGCCUCUUUCUAUGGCCCAUUGACACCACCAGGCACUGGUUUCAUCGGGUUCACAAAUGCAAAUAAUAAUCAAGCUGGUUUCCGUGUAUCUGCAACCGGUACCGUAUUGGAUUUGGAUUCAUCUAUUAAUGUAGUAAAGAAAUUGAAGUUGAUUGGUCAACCCGAUAAAAUUAUGAAGAAAACUUGUUUUGUCAAUGGUAUGUUUACAAGUCGUUUGGAGGUGGCUAAAUUCGUUGGUGCUACAAUUCGUACAGUCUCUGGUAUUAGAGGUCAAAUUAAGAAACCAUUGUCUCAUCCAGAGGGUUCUUUCCGUGCAACUUUUGAAGAUAGAUUAUUACCAUCCGAUAUCAUUUUCUUACGUACUUGGUAUACCAUCACACCAACUCGUUUCUAUAAUCCUGUAACCUCAUUAUUACAAGAGAAGAAGACUCAUUGGGAAGGUAUGAAAACUGUUGGUCAAUUACGUUUUGAGAAUAACCUUUCUGCACCUGUCAAAAAAGAUAGUUCCUAUCAAGGUAAGAUCGAAAGAGAUGAAAAGAAAUUCAAAGAACUUCGUAUUCCAAAUAAACUUCAAUCUCAAUUGCCAUUCGAUUUGAAACCAAAAGGUACUAAAAUCAUUAAAAACGCCGAUGAUGCUUUACUAUCUUCUCGUGUUAACAUCAUUGAACCCCACGAGAAACAAGUCGCAGAUUUAAUGAGACGUUUGGAAAGUAUUAAAAAUAAAAAGAUUGAAAAAGAACAACAACGUAAACAACAAUAUCAAGAUGAAAAACUUAAAAAACAAUCUAAAAUUGAUGUUCUCAAAGAAAAAAAACAAAAAGAAACAAAGAAAAGAAAAUCAAAAUUAGAAGCAUUAGGUAAAAUUAAAAAGAAAUCAAAAAUGGGUUAA